UGCAACACUAAGCAGUGCCCCUGUUACCUGGCGGUACGGGAAUGUGAUCCUGACCUCUGUUUAACGUGCGGAGCAGCUGACCACUGGGACAGCAAAAACGUCUCCUGCAAGAACUGCAGCAUUCAGAGAGGAUCCAAAAAACACUUGCUGUUGGCGCCCUCGGAUGUGGCGGGCUGGGGGAUUUUCAUCAAGGACCCUGUGCAGAAGAACGAGUUCAUCUCCGAGUACUGCGGCGAGAUCAUUUCUCAGGACGAGGCCGACAGAAGAGGGAAAGUGUACGACAAGUACAUGUGCAGCUUUCUGUUUAACCUGAAUAACGAUUUUGUGGUUGAUGCAACACGCAAGGGCAACAAAAUCAGAUUCGCGAACCACUCAGUCAACCCCAACUGCUAUGCAAAAGUUAUGAUGGUGAACGGGGAUCACAGGAUAGGAAUAUUCGCUAAAAGAGCCAUUCAGACCGGUGAAGAGCUGUUCUUCGACUACAGAUACAGCCAAGCUGAUGCCCUCAAGUAUGUGGGCAUCGAAAGAGAAAUGGAAAUCCCUUGACACCAGCUACCUCCUCGGUAAACAAACAGCUGCCUUAUCUUCAGGAAUUUCUAGUACUGUGGGCAAAAUGCUAGAGAAAUCAACCCGAUGCAAUUUGGAAUUCUGUGUUUGUCAAGUACUGUAACAGUAAUUUAUAGUAACAAGUUGAAACCAACUUUUUAUUGCCUUCUCACCAGCUGCAAAGUGUUUUGUACCGAUGAACUUUUGCAAUAACGUGGUGUGGUACACGGGGGGUUUUUUCCAACCUUGAAUAAAGGAUACUUGAACUUCUUUGUUUUUACUGGAA